CUUCUCCUUCUUUAUCUGUCCGGUACCGGCAGCGAGAGGAUGAUGGCGCUCGACGAUCAUCGCGAUCUUCCAAUACCCAGGAGCAAAGGAAAGAGCCUUGGCAUCAACGAUCUGAGGCUAUAGUACCAAAUACUCGACGCUGGUCUAGUCCGGUUGUUCCAGAAGAUUCCCCUAGUCGUCUAGCGGUGGCAUCCGCAGAGAAUGAAAGUCCGGGCGAUUGGAGACGGCAACUCACAGAGGAAGCAUUUGCGCCAUUCAUUGAAUCGUUUCCUAUGGCACUUCGUUGAUAUAUUGAAAACUCGGCUUGUUAGCAGGGGGCCUCAUCCUCACCCAUCAGACGGAUAUGUGGAAAAUGAAGGCCUUCCCAAGAGUCCGGAUCUGUCCGAUCCCGAGACUCAGUACAUCUUGGAGGGCAAUGCCAGAUUUCGCCGGCUAGGAUGGAAACGCCUCACAGUUAUUUCCAUAGUGGAGGCCAUUGCUCUUGGGAGCUUGGGCUUGCCUUCUGCCUUCGCGACUCUGGGCAUGGUUGCCGGUGUCAUCCUCACGAUCGGUAUCGGACUGGUAGCCAUGUACGCGGGCUAUAACAUUGGCCAAGUGAAGUUGAAGUACCCUGAGGUUGGGCACUACGCGGAUGUCGGUCAGCUUUUGCUGGGAAAUAUCGGAGGCAAAAUAUUCGUGGGCAGUUUUGUCGCCCUACUGGUCUUUGUUAUCGGGUCUCACUGCUUGACGGGCGCAAUUGCAUUCCAGACCAUCACCGAAAGCAGCGUGUGUUCAGUGGUUUUCAGUGUUGUCUCCGCUGCCAUUCUGAUGAUCCUCGCCAUUCCUCCGUCCUUUGCCGAGAUUGCCAUUCUUGGUUAUAUUGAUUUUGCUUCAAUCAUCCUGGCAAUCGGCAUCACUAUGAUUGCUACAGGCAUCCAAAGCUCCAGUUCCACUGGUACCUUCUCCGCCGAUCAUAUCCCGUGGUCGGCAUGGCCCAUGGCUGGGAUCACAUUCUCGCAGGCGAUUGUGGCCACCAAUAAUAUUGUCUUUGCUUAUUCUUUCGCUGGCUGCCUGCCUUCGUUCAUGGAAGAUAUGCAUACCCCGGAGGACUACGUCAAAACCCUUUGGUGGCUAGGCGGCAUUCAAAUUGUCAUAUAUACCUUGACAGGAUCGCUUAUCUACGCAUUCGUGGGCCAGGGGGUGCAAUCACCCGCGCUGCUAUCAGCCGGACCAGUCAUAUCAAGAGUGGUUUUCGGCAUAGCCCUGCCAGUUAUCUUCAUCUCUGGCUCCAUCAACGUGACAGUCGUCUGCCGAUACAUUCACGGCAAGUUCUACCAUGACUCGGCCGCCCGCUUCAUCAACACCCGUAAAGGCUGGAUGACUUGGUUGGCUCUUAUAUCCCUUAUUACUGCUCUCGCUUGGGUCAUUGCAGAGGCUAUUCCGAUUUUCUCGGAGCUGCUUUCCAUCAUCUCGGCGCUUUUUGUGUCCGGUCUGUCGUUUUACAUUCCUCCGGUGAUGUGGUUUGUGCUGCUGAGGGAUGGGGCUUGGUACGAGAAACACAAUCUAAAGCCUGCGAUUUGUAAUCUGGUGGUCUUUAUUGUCGGUGUGAUUGUUUUCGGUUGUGGUACUUACUCGAGCAUUGCAGAGCUGGUAGGUGGAUUCCUUGCGGACAUGAAAGAUCUCAUGCUAACGUGA